AUGUGGAUAAACAAGGGGAUCAAUUUCAAAUGCAUCUUCUACGAGGUGCGACAGGAAGCAAUCGAUCGAACUCGGUGCCCCGAUGCAGCGCCUUGCUACAGCCGGAUUAUCAAAAUAGUCAACAAGAGCAAGAUAAAUCCCCUCCUGUUUGCAGAUCCACAGUUCUAUCCAGUCGAAGCAUGCAUUAUUCGCCCAACAUCGCGUAAUGAAAUUGGAGGAGUAGUGGACGCUGUUAAGCGGGAUGAGAAGAUUGAUGACGAAGAUGUCGUUGUAUGGAAUGUCUCUGACCUGAUACAUAACCCGCAAAUGGAAGAUCGACCAGUGAUGCCGGUCAAGAUCCAUCAACUCCAUAUCAAGACAACCGACUUCUUCACGGAAAGCCCUCCUAUCGAUGUCUCAUCCAACGAGUUGUCGGUACUCACUAUUGGCACGACGAAUGGUGCCACCAACAAAACCAGUUGCUGUAAGUGA